UUCCGUACUUGCAAUCGAAUUAUCCACAGAAAAUAUCUAAAAAUCAAAUCUUUGCUCAAGAACGCCUACCGCUCCCGCUUGCGAAGCCGACUGCUCCGCGAAUCAACUGAAGUUUGUGGGAGUGGUUAGAAGAUUUUUAAGAAAAUGCCACAAACGUCAAUAAUGUUUCUAAAACCCUUCAUUUCUGCUCCGUCCACUUCUCGUUGGAGAAAAUCUGUUGGUUUUGAGAACUCUGUAGAUGGCGAUGCUAGGAUAUGUAAAAGGGCAGAGGUGGUGUGUCUUGGGAUGUUGGCACCAAGAAAGUUCAUGCAGAAGAGGAAGAAAGUGGAGGUGUUUAAGGAUGCUGCAGAUGAAGCGGACCAGAGGAAUUGGAGGAAGUUGAUGCUUGAAAUAGAGGAAGCAGAUUCUGCUGUUGCAGUGCUCAAGAGCCGGAGGGUCAAGAACCAGGCUUUGCCAAAGGACCUCGUUGUCGGGACUCUGGUUAGAUUUAAGCAACUCAAGAAGUGGCACAUUGUUAGUGAGGUUCUUGAAUGGCUACGUACUCAACAUUGGUGGGAUUUUAAGGAGAUGGACUUUCUGAUGCUUAUUACUGCCUAUGGAAAACUAGGAGACUUCAACAAAGCUGAGAGAGUUUUAAGUUAUAUGAACAGAAAGGGGUAUCCUCCUCAUGUUGGAUCCUACACCGCUCUUAUGGAAGCAUAUGGAAAAGGAGGCCAAUACAACAAAGCAGAAGCUAUAUUUCGUAGAAUGCAAUCUUCAGGUCCUGAACCAUCUGCUGUGACAUAUCAAAUAAUUCUUAAAAUAUUUGUUGAGGGAGACAAAUUUAAAGAAGCCGAAGAGAUCUUCGAAACCCUCCUACAUGAAGAGAUUUCACCUCUAAAACCAGACCAAAAAAUGUUCCACAUGAUGAUUUAUAUGUACAAGAAGGCGGGGAGUUAUGACAAAGCUCGUAAACUAUUUGCCGUGAUGCCUGAAAGAGGAGUUCAACAGACUACAGUUACUUAUAAUAGCUUGAUGUCAUUUGAAAAUAACUAUAAGGAGGUCGCCAACAUCUUUGACCAGAUGCAAAGGGCGGGUGUUCGACCUGAUGUUGUGAGCUAUGCACUGCUCAUUAAUGCCUAUGGGAAAGCUAGAAGAGAAGAAGAGGCUUUAGCUGUGUUUGAGGAGAUGCUUGAUGCUGGUGUCAGGCCGACGCAGAAAGCAUAUAAUAUCUUGCUUGAUGCAUUUGCAAUCUCUGGAAUGGUGGAGCAAGCACGACUUGUCUUCAAGAGCAUGAGAAGAGACAGAUGUUCCCCGGAUCUUUGUUCCUAUACAACUAUGUUAUCUGCCUAUGUCAAUUCGUCUGAUAUGGAUGGUGCCGAGAAGUUCUUCAAAAGGAUAAAACAAGAUGGAUUUGAACCAAAUGUCGUUACUCAUGGAACUCUUAUCAAAGGCUAUGCCAAAGCAAACAACCUCGAGAAAAUGAUGGAGAAAUACGAGGACAUGCGUGUCAACGGCAUUAAAGCCAAUCCAACCAUACUCACAACGAUUAUGGAUGCAUUUGGGAGGAACAAGGACUUCGGCAGUGCUGUUGUUUGGUUCAACGA